AAUUCCCAGAAACGACCAGCCAGCUGAGUUCAUGUUGUUUCGUAAUAGUAUACAUAAUCAAGGGUAAUAGUAAUAUAUUUUAUCCCUUGAUUUUGAUUCGUAUAUGAUUCGUAUCGUGUAACGUAGCUUGUGUGCGGUUUUUUAAUAUUUCGACCAUGAGUUCUGAUGAAUCUUAUUUAACUGAUGACCCAUCGGUUCCUACCUCCAGUAAGGCCAAAAGAAAAAAAUAUGCACAAAAAUUUAAGAGCGAAUGGGAAUCAGAAUUUAAAAACUGGCUAGCACCUGGGAAAACGGAUACUGAGGGCUAUUGCAAAGUUUGCCAAAAGAAUAUUAGCGUCAGUUCGGGAAAAUUACAACUUGUAAGACAUCAAGACAGCGAGGCACAUCGGAAAAAAUGCAAGUCCGUAAAAAAACAGCCAACUUUAACAUCGCUUAUAAAAACUGGAAAAGAACGGACGAGUUUAGAUGUGGCCACAAAAAGAGCAGAUUUGUAUAUUUCUGCUUUUGUGGCAGAACAUAAUUUGCCAUUUACUGUCACGGAACACAUUCCUCAACUUCUGGCAAAAGUUUGUUGCGACUCAGAUGUGGCCAAAAAUAUUAAAUGCAGUCGGACCAAGACCACAUCUAUAGUAAAAAAUAUUAUUGGGAAGCUAAGUUCGAAAAAUAUUUAUGACAUAUUGAAAUCUGUCAAAUUCUCACUAAUAAUAGAUGAAUCCACUGAUUUAAGCACUACUAAACAUUUAGUUUUAAUUUGCCGAUAUUUUGAUGGCAACCAAAUACGAGAUCGAUUCCUAACUCUAAUAGCAAUGAAGAGUUCCAAAGCUGUUGAUAUUUACAGGGAGAUUGUAAGUUUUCUAAAUAAAAAUAAUGUACCUUUUUUAAACAACUUAAUUGGGUUUGCCUCAGACGGUGCCAAUGUGAUGGCUGGGGCACACGAAUCAGUAAUGGCAAAGUUAAAAACUGACAUUCCUCAUAUUUUUUUAAUGAAAUGUGUUUGUCACAGUUUUGCGUUAUGUUCAUCAAGUGCUUGUAUGAAACUUCCAAGGGCAGUUGAAGACUGCAUUAGAAAUAUUUAUAAUUACAUAGCAAAUAGUCCCAAAAGAAUUGAAACCUUAAAGGAAUUUCAAAAUUUUACGCAUACAAAAUCCACAAAAAUUCUCCACCCUUCUCAAACCCGUUGGCUUUCUUUAGAGGCGGUUGUAUCUGGCACUGAGAGGAAGACAGUUCCUACACCACCACCACCACCGACAACACCAGCACCAGCUCAGCACCAGCACCAGCAGCAGCCAGUCGCCACCAGUCCGCCAAGCAAGCCAGCCCCGAACACCGCCGCCGCCUAG